AUGAAGACUCAAUUGCUGCUCGUUUGCAUCAUCAUCGCUCUUCUCUCCACCAUCACGGGAAGCCUCCCCGUCAAGCAAUGGCCUACAGCUCCUAACCGUCAACCCCAUCUGACCGGUCUCCAAUAUCCCUACUUACCAACCAAAUCUUCCACCUUCACUGCUCAGUACAAGGAGUUUUUCGAGGCAAAAGCAUCCGGCGAGCUCCCUCCACAGGCCACGUUUCGUCCCGACUCUUGGUCGCAAUACAACUUCCACCUCGAAAAGCGAGAUAUGGAGCCUGAGGAUAUGGGCUAUCUCGGUAUCAAAGCCCUAGACCUCGUUCUUGCUCAAGAGAACACGACCGUGUGUAAUAUUUCCGAAACUCCAAACCAUUACUGUCCUAAAACGUCCGAGCAACUUGCCCGAGAGUUGGGUGAAGCCCGUCGAGGGCUCUUCUCAGGGACUACACUUGGCGUCAUUUUCGCAAUCGGAAUGGCAUUCACCUAUUUUCUUAGUCACCAUUUCGUCCGAUAUUUCGAAUACAAAGAGAGAUGGCACAUAGAGCGUGCUAGACUCAGAACUAUCAGGAGGGUCAACCGUGAAAUGGUCAAGAGGGGCUUAGAUAAUCCUUACCAUGAAAACAUCGACCAAUGGCUCCUAGAUCAUCCACCAAGCCUAUUCUGGGCUACCAUCUUCGAAAGCGAGACCUUCAUCGCACUUCUUUACUUCAUUGAACGCCGCACUGCAUCUGUUGGAAAGUUCACUGGCAUGAUGAAACGACCAAAACUUGGAGAUGAAGCCUCUGGAAUUCCUCUCAACAGCCCUCGAGCACGCCGUAGAUAUCGCAAAACGUGGAGACGUACCCCUAUCCGUGUCAAAUUUCUCGAAGCUCCUGAAUCUGAAUCCGAAUCCCAAGUAACCCCCGACACAGUACAAACCCAUGGAGAAACUAGUGAUGCAGCUCCUACCGGUCCUCUGAAAUUUUUUCAGUGCCCCAGUUGGUACCAACCACCCCCUAGCAACCAGCACCAAGAUCUAAAAAGGGAAAAUCUCCAGAUGCCUAGUGGGUUUGGUGAAUCUCCCUGGCGGCCUGAAGUCAAUACGAGUUCUGAGCCGAGCUCUUAG